UGUAACUCCACGCUUGUCGUUUCUUCUCUUCCUCUUUCUAUGGUCUCUCUCUCACUCUCUCUCUUUCUUUUUCUCGAUUCCAUUCCCUAUAUAUUACAAUUUCAAUUGCAAUUUUAGAAACAAACGCAUCCUUGUAUUUUUAAAUUCAAUUUCUCUCUCUCUCUCUCUCUCUUCUUCGUAGCCCCACUAUUGUCAAUGGCAGAUCUCAAGUCCACAUUCUUGAAUGUCUACUCUGUUCUCAAAUCUGAGCUUCUCCACGACCCUGCUUUCGAGUUCUCCGAUGAUUCUCGUCAAUGGGUCGACCGGAUGCUGGACUACAAUGUGCCUGGAGGGAAGCUGAACCGUGGACUGUCAGUUAUUGACAGUUACAGAUUAUUAAAAGAAGGACAGGCAUUAAAUGAUGACGAAAUUUUCCUUGCUAGUGCUCUUGGUUGGUGUAUUGAAUGGCUUCAGGCAUAUUUUCUUGUUCUUGAUGACAUUAUGGACAACUCUCACACACGUCGUGGUCAGCCAUGCUGGUUUAGAAUACCCAAGGUUGGAAUGAUUGCAGCAAAUGAUGGAGUUCUGCUACGAAACCAUAUUCCUCGAAUCCUUAGGAAACACUUCAAGGGAAAGCCAUAUUACGUGGAUCUUCUUGAUUUGUUUAAUGAGGUUGAGUUCCAGACUGCUUCAGGACAGAUGAUAGAUCUGAUCACCACUCUGGAAGGAGAAAAGGACCUGUCCAAAUACACAUUAUCACUGCAUCGUCGUAUUGUUCAGUACAAGACGGCCUAUUAUUCAUUUUACCUUCCAGUUGCAUGUGCAUUACUCAUGACAGGUGAGAAUCUGGAUAACCAUAUUGAUGUAAAGAACAUUCUUGUUGAGAUGGGAACAUACUUUCAAGUACAGGAUGAUUAUUUGGAUUGCUUUGGUGAUCCUCAAACAAUUGGAAAGAUUGGCACAGACAUUGAAGAUUUUAAAUGCUCUUGGUUAGUGGUGAAAGCACUAGAACUUAGCAAUGAAGAACAAAAGAAAGUUUUAUAUGAGAACUAUGGGAACCCUGAUCCAGCAAAUGUUGCUAAAGUGAAGGCCCUAUAUAAUGAACUUAAACUUCAGGAUGUAUUUGCGGACUACGAGAGCAACAGCUAUGAGAAGCUUGUAACCUCUAUUGAAGCUCAUCCUAGCAAACCAGUUCAAGCUGUAUUGCAUUCCUUUUUGGCUAAAAUUUACAAGAGGCAGAAGUAGUGUCACUCUAAGGCCAGGGCCAAAAUUGUUGAUCGUGCAGUAGAAACUAGGUUCCUGACUUCUAUCUAUAGCUGUAUCAGAAUUUUUUUUGGAAAAGAAGGGUCUUCUUGUUGUCUUGUCUUUUUUUUAUUGGGUGAUAAGAUCUUGUAUUUUAUGUUGUAAACUUCCUUGUGAUACUUGU